AUGUGCGAACACUCGCGCUUCAAACGAGCAAAUUGCGGCCACGAAUGGCUUGGGUGGUGGCUAUGCCCUAUAGCCAAGACGCACAAUAACGGCGCCGUCAUCAUCUGCUCGGCGCCGCACAACAGCACCGAGCUAGCGACGCCCCGGACGCUGGGCCCGUACACUGGCAGCUACUGCCCGAAAUGCAAGCGCGCCGAGGCGCCGUCCGCCGGCUGGACCUGCUGCAUGUGCGGCCACUGGAACCAGGCCGAGGUCAUCCGUGCCGGUUACGGUCGUGAUUAUACGCUGUCGGUAGCGGAGCUCAACAUCGGCAUCGCCUGCCAGGGUCCCGAAUGCCGCGCUUCUCUCGACCGGGCGGCUGCUGGCGCGCUCUCGCUCGAACGCAGCCAUCGAGAUGCUCUGGCCCGCUAUGAGAACACCUUCUCUCUCAUUCCCGUCUUGGUUGACGCGCAUGUGUUGUGCGAGGAGUGUCCCGUGGCGGGAUAG